UAGGUUCAAAAAUUCAAAUCAUGCGAAUAGAGAGUGAAUCUAUCACCUAAAGAUGAACGUUUUUUAUAUGCAAAGAUGUUUCAAAGUUUUACUAUGUGUGGCAGUAGCAACAAUUGUGAUAAUUUUCCUCGAAAGCCAGUACAUACCAAUCAAGGUUUACAGACUUUUUUAUCCAAAAGAUGGUAUAAAUUGUUAUAGGAUACAAAUGCCCUCUCUUCCCGAAAUAACUGAAAUAUCCCCUAGAAAAGGAAAAUCAAUUUUCUUCCAUGAGACAUCAUGUAGAUCAUUUUUCAAUGAUAAGAUUUCGAUCACUGCACGUCAAGCAUGUGCUGUAGAAAGUGCAGCAAGAAUAAAUCCAAAUUUUGAUGUAUAUUUACUAUUUACUUCACCAGGAGUGUUAAAGUAUGAAGGAGAUGAGUCUGAUCGUAUUUUAAUGGCAUUGCUGAGAUACAACAAUCUUAAACUGUUACAUUUAGACUAUGACAAAUAUACCAAAGGUACCCCUCUUGAAGAAUUAUACAGUUCUGGAAAAGUGGACAAUUCCUAUUAUGCGCAGUCUCAUGCUAGUGAUGUACUAAGGUAUUUAACAUUAUGGAAAUAUGGUGGAAUAUAUUUAGAUUUAGAUGUAAUAGUUACUCAAAGUUUAGAAGAUAUUCCACCCAAUUACGCAGGAAUUGAAUCUGAUAAAAAUGUAGCUGCUGGAGUGUUAAGUUUUGAUGCUACAGGAAAGGGCCAUACAAUGGCCGAAAGCUGUGUAAAUGACUUAAAACAUAAUUUUAAUGGCCAAGAUUGGGGAAAUAAUGGCCCUGGAGUGAUAACUAGGUUACUUAAGUCUCUUUGUGGAGUGAAACUUGCAAAAGAAAUGGUAAAUAAAGACUGUGGGGGUUUCAAAGCCUACCCACCAAACUCAUUUUAUCCCGUGCCUUGGCAGAAUUGGAAAAUGUACUUCGAUGAAAAUUCAACAGAGGCUGUGGUUAAUUUAGCUAAAGAUAGCAUUGCUAUCCACGUUUGGAAUAAACAUAGUGAGCAAACUAAAUUGCCAUUAUCCUCAGAUGCACCCUAUAUACAUUUUGCGAAGAAAUACUGUCCUAAAGUUAUUGCCGCAAUCGACGAAUAUUUUUAAACACACGAAUUUAUAGUUAUUGUUUUGGAGGUAUAUCAUAUUUUAGUUUAUAUAUUAUUUUUUAAGGAAUAUUUAUUAAUAUACUGGUUGUGCUUGGUUUCACAAAGUUCCCAUAAUUCAAAAAUUUACUUUGAUGGCUACUCGAUUAUUAAUGGCUAUAAUAUAUAGUAAAAUUCCCAAACAAUUACAAUUCUCACAGCCGAAAGCGGGUUUUUAAAAAUAAUUCAUCCACUAAUAGGGUCCUAUAUGAUGUUGGUUUCUUUUCCCGGAUAUUUACUUCUCUAAUAGGUUGUGGACAAUGUUUUUACUUCAGGUCACUGGACGUUUGGCUGAUACUGGGCUCGAAAUUUGGAAUUUUCUGUAAAUCGUUAAAACGAAAAACUGUACGCGAAUUCUGGCAAUAUUAACUCAAACACACUGUACAAUGUUUGAAAAUGCUACUGACUGCGCCAAUUACAAUUCUCACGGCCGAAAGCAGGGUUUUAAAAAACUUUUAAUAAAAUUUAUUUGGUAUCUGUUUAUUACGAGCAAAGUAACCACUACCAACUAAAAAAACAUUGAAAAUAAUUAAACAUCGGUAUAUUAUAUACUCUUUUUAAUUCUUAGUAAGCAUUUUGGAUAUACCAGUCUCGUAAGUAUGUAACCAUAAUUCGCAUAGGCUGUAUAUAUAUAUAUAUAUAUAUAUAUAUAUAUAUAUAUAUAUAUAUAUAUAUAUAUAUAUAUAUAUAUAUAUAUAAGUAUUAUUAAAAUCAGUAUAAUAAAAAUAAUGCAGUGGCCAUUCUACUUGAGUUCCGAAUUAACACAGUUUUGUAAAAUCGGACAUAUCUAUAUCAACUAGAAAUCCGGAUGAUUUUUAAAAUCGUUCUCAUAUCGUUUUUAUAUAUUAUAUUAUUUUUUAACUAUUCAUUAUCAUAUGCACACGCCGCAUCUUUAAAAUUGGUCUUGCUGAUACAUCUUCAGAGUUAAGUGUCAUAUAAUUAUACUGGUCUCAGUGUUGGCGUGUAGAUCAAGAAUGUUCUUUUCAAACAGUACAUAUUAUAAUAGAUAAAAGAAACAUUGAAUCAUGAGCCGUUCACUGUACAAAUUGAUUAACUCCAUAAAAUAAAAAGAGGGAACAUGUGAUGAUAUAUUGUACACAAGACAUAACAUUACAACGUUCAAAAUUUGUAAUCUUGUGUACUUUAUUUAGUGAAGUUUCUACGAUAAAAAAGAUAUCUUUUUCAUCUUCUUAUGUCAUAUCCUCAUGGGAUAUUAGUGAUCAUUCUGGCCCGCAUCAUAUACAGCGAUUCUAAACAAUUCUAAGGAUGUUGUACCAGUCCUCUGCUUCAGAUUUUUCAGCCAAGAGAUCCGUUGUCUACUCGGUAAACUGCUUCCUUUUAAUUUACCCUGCUUGAUAAUUUGUAGAAUAUAUUUAUCAUUUCUUAUCACAUUACCAAAAUAUGAGAGUUUUCUAUCUUUACUGUGCAUAUCUUGGACUAUUCUUUGUAAAAUAUUUUCGUUGGUAACUCGAUGCUUCCACGAAAUGCACGUCAUCUUUCGGUAACACUACAUUUCGAAUGCUGUUAUUGGAACAUAACCUAUAAUAUUAUUAACUUAAAUCAUUUUUCGUUGCUCACAAUUUUCCAACGAAUACUAUAGUAACUGCACAAUACUACUUUCUUCCCGGAAAUUUACAGAGGGGAUUAAGGUACCACAUAUACAUCAAUGCACAUUGUGUUUCCGAUAUUAAGAUGAGUUGGUAUAGUAUUCUCUGGAAGAAAUGUAGAUAUUAUAAUGUAUUUAUGGUAAUAACGCAAAAAUGAAAAACAAAGUUACGAUAGUUUUUGUAGUUUUUGUUGGCAGAGUCGAUAUAUUAUGUUAGGAAUAUAUUUAACUGAACUUUAAUGAUUAACUAAUUAAUUUAAUAAUUAAUCAAAUAAUAUAAGUUUGUCCGGAAUUUUAGUUGAUAAUACAUUGAAUUUGCGAAAAAAGAAACAAUGAAUGCACAUUUGGCGGUUAUUUCUUACAUGCUUUCUAACAAUUAUUAUAUUAGGUUUACACUCACUACUAAGAAUUUCAUGAAUACUUUUGAACAUAUUCAUUAAAACUAGUUUUUGUAUUGAUAUUUUUAUAAAUGCAAUGUCAUUACACUAAUGAGAAUCUCAUGUAAGUAUUUCUUUUUAACUCAUUGUAAAAAGACAAGUAUUUUUAUUGAUAUUUACAUACCUACAAUCUAUAUUUUUUGUGCAAAAGACAUUGAAUUAAAAAAACUUGAGAAUAUUUUUACUUAAAUUAUAAAUAUGGUAUUAUUUUUUGUUAUUAACUUUUGUAAUAUUUUGUUGAUUAUGCAAAAAUAAUUAUAAGAUUGUUUAUUAAUC